AUGGAUGAUGAAAUUGAUACACUGAGAUGGGAGAUCAGUGAACACUCACCGAUAAUUGAGCAAGUAAUAUCCAAAUACAAGUUUAAUCUGAAAUAUGGAGGCUACUUUCGAUUAGCCAGAAACUCAUGUAGGCAAGUAUACUGUUUUGGCUUUAGAAAGUCUCUCUAUAUAGACACUUGCUCAUACAACCGGACUCAACUAGUUAAAGAGGUGAGAAAACAUUAUCCAUCAGACAGUGAUAUUGUAUUGUCGAUAAACUUUGUAGACAAGAAUGCAAAAAAGCAAUGUUUCAUUGAACUUGAUUCUGAUGAGAACUUCAUGGUGAUGCUAAGCAUGUAUAAGGAGGAAAAAGAAGUCACAAUUUAUGCGACGACUGAAAAAAUUACACAGCAAACAUAUAAUCCUUUUAGUAUUCAAGAUGAGGUUAUUGAUGAAUCUGAUGACGAAAAUGAUUCAGAAUCAAAUUGUCCAAGUGAAGAAAGUUAUCAUAGUCGUCAUAGCUCUGAUAACGAAUAUGAGCUUUUAAAUUAUGAUUGUGAAACUGAUGCACAGAGUAGAAGCAGUCCAAUUUUUAAACUGAAUUCUAAAUUUCCCAAUGUUAUUGCUUUUAGAAGAGCAUUAAACCAUUAUGCAAUAAUCAAGGAAUUUGAGUAUGUCAUUGAGAAAAGUGAUUUGACACGACUUACGGCAUGUUGUGAAGAUAAAAAGUGUGAGUGGAGAAUUCAUGCUUCUGUUACGCAAGAUGGGGUUACUUUUGAAAUUAAGAAAUUUGUAGAAACUCAUUCUUGUACUCGAAGCAACAAGUGUGGUAACAAACAUGCAACUCAAGGAUGGAUUAGUGAUGUUGUAACGGACAAGUUGAAAUCUGAUGGUGAUGUCUCUCCUGCCAACCUACAAACUUGGCUAAUGCAAACCUACAAUGUUAACGUGCCAUAUAUGAGAGUCUUUAGGGGAAGAGAACAAGCUUAUAAGGAUAUGUAUGGCAAUUGGGAUGACUCUUACGUAAAUGUAUAUGAUUUCAAACAGGAGCUUGAAAAGAGAAACCCCGGAAGUGUCGUGGAGAUCGAUUUGCAGACAAUUGGUGACAAGAAACAUUUCCAACGCUUUUUUAUAUCACUAACAGCAUGCUCCAAAGGGUUUCUUGCUGGAUGUCGACCUUACAUUGGGAUUGAUGCUUGUCACUUGAAAGGGAAGUUUAAUGGAGUCCUUGCUGCUGCCACAGGUAUUGACGGUAACCGUCACAUGUUUCCAGUAGCAUACGGUGUUCUUGAGUCAGAGAAUACUAAAUCAUGGACUUGGUUUCUCAAGUUACUACAAAAAGCAAUCGGUACACCUGACGGUCUUGUUAUCUCCUCUGACAUGCAAAAAGGGUUGGGAGCAGCUAUUACACAAGUUUAUCCUAAUGCUGAGCAUAGAGAAUGCAUAAGACAUUUAUAUAACAACUUCAAGAAGCAUUUUCGAGGUGAGUAUUUCAUGACCAAGCUAUGGGGUGCUGCAAGGACCUACUCUGUUAGCAAGCAUGACAGAUUGUUAAACGAAAUUGCUAGUAAAAGUGAAGAUGCAAUUUUAUAUUUGAAUGAGAACCAUAAUAAGAUAUGGAGUAGAAGCAAGUUUGGCACACUUGUGAAGUGUGAUUACAUUACCAACAAUAUUUCAGAAACGUUUAACUCUUGGGUAGGUGACAUACGUUAUAAACCGGUACUUGAUCUCCUUGAUGCAAUUAGAGAAAAGCUCAUGAAACGGUUUGACAAGAAAAGGAGGAUUGUGAGAAAAUGGACAGGAAAUUUAGUUUCAAAAGCAAAGGACUAUCUGCAGCACACCUCUAAGAACUUAGGUGAGUUUGAAGUUUGUAGAAGCAGUGACAAUCGAGCAGAAGUGAAAUACAAGGGAAAACGUUGGGAGGUUAUACUAGAUGAGAAAAAAUGUAGUUGUCGAAGAUGGCAGGUCACAGGCCUUCCGUGUGUGCAUGCUGCUGCUUUUAUUGCUUUCAAAAGGGAGCCUAAUUGGGAAACAUAUGUUGAUACAUAUUACACAGUCGGUAAAUUUCGAGAAGCAUAUGCUUUAGAAGUUGCUCCGAUGCCCGGAAAGGAUCAAUGGGUGCAUAUAGAGACGAAUGAGAAGAUAUACCCACCAAUUAUAAAACGACCGCCUGGACGACCCAAAAAGAAUAGAAUUAAACCACCUGAUGAGCCCACCAAGAAAAGACAUAGAUGUCAUCGUUGUGGUAUGUAUGGACACCAGCAACGGACUUGCAAAAAUCCCGCACGUGAAGGUUUUGAUGAUGCAUCGACUAGCAAGAAGAAAGAACAUAAAAGAUCAUGA